GUAAAGAAGCAAAGGUCAUAAGCAGACUUUGAGGAGACUGGAGAGCCUCAUUUUUCCGAUCAUCUACCGCAUUGUUCUUGUUUUCCAUAGCCGCCGCGUUCAGAUUGAAGUAGAGUAAAAUGGCUGGUGGUAGGGUUGCUCAUCCCACCUUGAAAGGACCAAGUGUAGUGAAGGAAAUAGCUAUUGGUAUAGCUCUUGGUUUGUGUGCCGCUACUGUUUGGAAGAUGCAUCACUGGAAUGAGCAGAGAAAAACAAGAACUUUCUAUGACUUGCUUGAGAAAGGUGAGAUUAGUGUUGUUGCAGAAGAGCAGUGAACAUGGUAUGUUGGUGUGAUGAAGAUAUGGACAGUCAUUUCAUUUUCUCUUUUCCUACUUUUGGCUCUGACAUGUAAGAAGAGCAAACUCUGUUUGGGAUUUUAAGAAUAAUUUCAUUGUGUUCAGAUCCACAUGACAUAUUUUCUGAUGGAAUCUUAAGCCUCUUGAUUGGUUUCUAUCUUUCUAGUCUCAAAUUCAAUGGCAUUUCUUUC